UAAAGUUAUAAACUACUGCAAUUCCCCAAAUGUGGCAUAAAUUUAAUUUUUUUUUAAAUUAAUUCCUUUCCCUGCCGCACUGCCGUGUGCAACAGCUUUUUGCCACCAGGACCACCUCUGCCCUAACGCGAGUUAGCAUAUUCGGCUAACAUAGCAUUUUUUUAAAAACGACUUUAAGUUAACACCUUUUUUGUUUUUAUUACUUGUUUUACUCUCUCGUCAUCGUUAUUAAAUUCAUUUAUAUAUUAAGAUUAGUUUCAACACUGUGUAGUUGUGAUAAAGUUGUAAUUAAAACAAAACAAAAAAACAAACUUUUGAUAUACGGACAUUUAAUUUUUCUUCCCACAAGGAGCGGAUCUAAAAUACUCUAUUGUAUGAACAUUUUUCAUAAUUUAUUUUUUAUUUUUUCAUUUUGCUGCACAUGACUUCUUUGCAAUUAUUCAGAGACACACCGAUUUAGUAUUCUUGAUUUGAAACGGUUUCUAUGCCUGUUUUACUGGGAGGGGGUUCAUGGGUUGUCUUUCAUUCUCACAUGCGUAUGUACAGAAGCCCCAAAUAUUUUUUUUCUUUUAAUUCUGUCCAUAUAAAAGACAAAGACAGUUGUGAAUCGCUACACAAUGCGAAUGCGAUGAGCACAAUCACUGAGCGAACGCCUGACGGGAGAACGGGUGACGCCUCCCUCCAGGACGGUCACAUGAGCCUCAGCAGCGGCGUGCCACCACUGUGCUACAGAGGAGCGGAGGAGCACCGAAGGGCGGACAGACAGGGCUCGGUGGCAUGGAUGAAGCGGCUGGAAGAAAGCAGCAACCUUCACAGUAACAGUGAAAGCAUUGCUGCAACCAUGACCUCUAAGUCCACAUUCCUUAAAGUGAUCCUCCUAGGCGAUGGUGGUGUUGGCAAAUCAUCGCUCAUGAACCGUUAUGUCACCAACAAGUUCAAUUCGCACCUCUUCCACACCAUUGGCGUAGAGUUCCUCAACAAGGAGCUGGAGGUGGACGGCCACCACAUCGUCCUUCAGAUAUGGGACACGGCUGGACAGGAGCGCUUCAGGAGCCUCCGCACACCCUUCUACCGUGGCUCCGACUGCUGCCUGCUCACCUUCAGCAUCGAAGACGGACAGAGCUUCCGCAACCUGGCUCACUGGAAGAAGGAGUUCACGUACUAUGCUGACUUAAAAGACCCAGACAGCUUCCCUUUUGUGGUUGUGGGAAAUAAACUGGAUGUUGCUGAACGCCAGGUUUCAGGAGAGGAAGCCAGACGGUGGUGCAGAGAGAAUGGCGGACACCCGUACUUUGAGACAAGCGCAAAAGAUGCAACCAAUGUAGCAUCUGCCUUCGAGGAGGCAAUACGUCGUAUUCUGGCUCUGGACGACCGAGAUGAUGACCUCAUCCAUACCAACACAGUGAACUUGGAGAGAAAGACUCGACCUGAUUCCACUUGUUGCUGAAAUAAUUGCCUCCCUCUAGUGGUGAUCUCAGGCCACAGCCCCACAAAAGUGUAUAAAGCCAUAUACACACUAUAGCAGUAUUCCAAUACAUACAAUUUAUGGAGUAUGGAAGCAAUGUACCAGCAGGAAGAUGUACACAUACUAACUAUUUUGUCUCUUUCUGGCAGACAACAGCAUGCAAUUCAGGUAAAAAUGUCUUUUGGUGUCAAGAUGUACCUUAAUUUAUAUUCUAGACUACCUUAAGCAGCGACUGCUGUUUUGACUGCCAAAGAACCGUUUUUAGUGUUUGUAAACAAAAUUUUAUUUUCCAUAUACCAAUGCCUUUUUAAAUACAAAUAAAUGUAAUAUUUGAUUUUUUUUUUUAGGAUGAAGCAGGAUCCUAUGAUAAAUUGUUGCCCCCUAGCACUGAUUUUAUACCAUUUGUUGAGUGGGGUUCCCCCUUCCCCAGAUCCAAACAUGUCCAAUUUAAUUAUUAUGUUACAUUGAAUACUUUGCUUGAUUUUGUACAAAGUAUGACAAACUUUUGAGUCGUUUAAAUCUGGAUUUCAUUUAAAAUGUGUGUGUUUUAGUUCAUGAAUAAUAUUUAAGACACAUUGUUUUUCUAAUGUUAAAGAAUGGUGCCUCUAAAAGGCAAAAAAAAAGGACAAAAAAUAGCCAAAGUAAAUAAACAAAAAAAGGAAAAACCUGCUUAUCGUUUAGAUUUUUUUUGUAUUAUUGUAUUAUUUUUUUUGUUCAUUCACUUUUUUUAAGUUUAUCGCUGGACUAGUCAGCAGCCCCGGGCAUACCUUGUCAUUAAUCUGAUGUCAGCUAGCAUUAGCAGCAGCUGUCAGAGUGACCCUUCACUGGAUAAAACAUGGCUGAUGGAUGUAUUGAUAGAUGUAUGGAUGUUGUUUAGAGCCAGAUUAAAGAAAGAGGCAGCAGAACAGUGUCACGAUAAUAAAAAAUAUCAGUUUUACUAGAGAAGGUUACAAAAAUCAUCACUAUGUGGGAGUCAUAGAACUACUUCCAACUUAAAAAAUGAAACAAUGAUGAAACACUUACAGGGAUUACAAUGCAUCUGAGUACAAUGGAGUUUCCUUUAGAAAAAGAGGGAGAGGGAGGGAAGGGAUCUGAGGGGAAACACCGCCUACCAUAGUUGUCAGUACAAUUGACUACACAUCACCUGAAAGCACCGCAAAGACAAAGUCAUGUCUCCUUCAUGCAAAGUAACGAAGAAACGACAACACCCUGACACGCAUCGUCUUAGAGGAAAUCAAGGUUCGCCUUUUACAUCAAAACCUUCGGUGGCGAAAGCACGUAUAUUUAUCAAACGUAACACGCAUGGCAAUAUAGUCCUUUUUUUCUACAGAAUGAACAGCUGCACACAUGGACGAUACUGACAUGCUUCAUCUCAUCAAAGCUCAAAAAGGUCUUGUUUUUUUUCUCUUUAAACUAACCAGUGAUGAUUUGUAUAGAAUAUUACAUAUACCAUUUGGUUAUUAAACAAAGCUGGAUUAUAAAAUCAAUGUAUGAAAAUUCCUGACUUGUCUUGUUCAGAGUGUAAACAUCCAAAACAGUAUCUGUUUCUGGUAUAAGAGGCAUGACAUCAAAUAUAACAACAAUAGUUAUCAUCCUAAUAAAACGAGAAAAGGUGGAGGAAAAGAAAAGAAAUGGGACAUUUUCAGUCAUUUGAUUGCAAAAAGAAGCAGUAAAAUGAUUAACUGUUAAUAUUAUAUACUAGUACAUAAUAACAAGAACAACUCAGCUGCCCUAAAAACAUUAAAAAUGAUCUAUAAUUCACAAAGCACGUUAAUCUGUUGUUUCAUCACCGCUCUGAUUCCUUCUCAGGACCUUUUGUUGAAAAUGUGAUGUAACAGUUAAGAUCAUAACUUUUGUAUUUAACACUAAUUUUAAAGGGGCCGUUGACAUAAAUGUGUUUGUAGUAAAUGUUUUUUUUUUAGUAGUAUUCAGUUAAUUUCUGAGUGGUUUGCUAUUUACAUAUGGAACUCCAUUCACAAAAAAAAAAAGGAUUUUUAGCUAAUUCUAAUUCUAAUUCACACAGGGCAGUGUACAAAUGUGUUAAUAACAUCAUACUGUGAGAAACAACCUGAUGUCUAUGAGGGUUUGAAUUCUUUUAAAAAGUAUUUUUUUUAUUUGUGUAUUUAGUGUUUAGAAGAGUUACAUACUGUAUAUCUCAAGCUGGAACAUUUUAUCAAUCUAUUGUGAAAUAAUCCCUCAUGAUGAUGUUUUUUUUUCCAAAAAUCCUGUGAUGCUCAAUAACCAGUGAUACCACAUAAUUUAGUGCAGGGGUCUGAAACUGAAAUACACAGGGGCCCCCACAAAACCACAGGACUGCAGCUCCUGCUGCUGAGUCCAUCAAACAUGAACUAUUUACAGUCACCUCUCAGCCUGGACCUUUGUGAUUUGUGAUUUGAUUAAAGGAGUGUGCUAAGA